AUGUCACCCCUCGACGAGGCAAUAUCCAAACGACACCGUUUAUCGAUUUGGCAUGUCUACCACAAAGGCGACGAGCACAUCUCAAUAACGCCAUUCAUCAACCCGAGAAAGGAGCUCGGAUCUAGUAAGAAGAGACACGAAAAACUCGCAGCUGGGUAUCCCAAAUCCCGAGACAGAACCGAUGAAUCCAACAGCUAUUUCGUGCACCACCCGACUCUCUUAUUCCACAAUACGCCACGUACUCUCCGUCGCGGAAACAAGAACGGAACACCGAUCUGCCUCAUAAAGUGCGGGGCCUUUUGGCGGAAAUGGACAAUCCAGUUCGGCAGUAAUCUGAAGGAUGUUAUUGAUCCUAGAGGCGUGGUAAAAUGGGAAUGCCGCAGUAACAAAAACAAUACAACUCUCAACGAUGAUCGUGCCUUGAAAGGGUAUAAGGUCCGCAACUGGAGGGUUUGGGGGAAAGUGGGAAAAGUUAUCAUCGACAAACGCAAGGCCGAAAAGGAAGAACUUGCCGAAGGGAAGCAAAAGGCGAAUGCCUUGGAUAACGGUCCCGUUGGGAUGGAGAAUGUCGCUGAAUCUGGGAAGCAAGACUCGAGCUAUUCACAAACACAAUCCCCCAGUCCUCCUUCUUACUCUACAGUGCGACAAGAGGCUAUACCACAACCAGCAGUUGCGGAAGAAGCGGUCCGUCUGAACUGGAGUUCUCCAUUCUCGUUGAACCCUCGACGCUAUAGCUUCGAAUAUGCCAAUAUCAAAUUCUUCUGGAAAGGAACGAGAGACGUCCACCCGGAUGACAAAUUGGCUAGAUGGUUCAUGCCCUUUAGUCACUUGAAGUUGAUUGCUAGACUCCCUGGGAUUGGUAGUGAAGAUAUCUUCAUUGGGAAAUACACACCAAGCUUCGCGUACCGGAAAUUCGGCGAGUUGUGGGUUUUCGAUUCUGCGGUAUCUGAGCUGCUUGGUGAAGAUCAUUCCUCUACUUGGACCGAACAAGCUACAGAGCGAGCUACAAGAAGUGAAUUGGGGGAUAUUCGGCAGACUCGAUUGUAUGAAUUGAUCAUGGCGACUGCCAUGUGUAUGAUAAUCGGCGAGUCGCAGAAGCGGAUGAUUCUCAUGUUGUUAUUUACAAUAGCGGCGGAAGGGGGAAAUUCGUGUUAA